AUGAGAAGCAUCCUCUUCUUACUAAUCACCCUGUCCCUUUUGCAUUCUGCAAUUUCAAAGUCUAUGCUUCGUUUGAGAAAGGGUGCUUCUAUAUCUGUUGAAGGCAAUACUUUCAUCAUCUCUCCAGAUAAUUCAUUUACCUGUGGCUUUUAUGCCAUGCCCAGAAGCAACGCAUAUUGGUUUUCAAUUUGGUUCACCAAUUCCAAAGACAAAACCGUUGUUUGGACAGCCAACAGGGACAAGCCAGUUAACAGCCAGCGGUCAAAAAUAUCUAUUCAGAGAGACGGAACCAUGGUCUUGACAGAUGUUGAUGGAAGCAUUACAUGGCAAACAGAUAAGCGCGCUGCUGAUGUUUCUGCAGCUGAGCUUCUUAAUACAGGCAACCUCGUUUUGAAGAACCCACAGGGCAAUAUUCUCUGGCAAAGCUUUGACGUUCCUACUGAUACUCUUUUACCUUCUCAAAUAUUGACCAAGGACAUAAGAUUGCUAUCAUCCUUAAGAAAAGGAAGCUUCGAAACAGGUUACUUCAAUUUAUAUUUUGAUAGUGACAAUGUUUUGAUGUUGACCUCUGAUAGCCCUGAAACAUCUAGCAUCUACUGGCCAUAUCCUGGAGUUAAUAUCUAUGAAAAUGGAAGAACCAACUACAAUGCUAGCAGAAGAGCAGUUUUAGAUGAUAUGGGCACGUUUCAAUCAAGUGAUAAUUUUCAAGCCAAUGCUUCUGAUAUAGGAUUUGGAAUAAAACGAAGGUUAACAUUAGAUAAUGAUGGGAAUCUUAGAAUCUAUAGUUUGAUUAAUUCAACAGGGCUAUGGAUGAUAACAUGGCAAGCAAUUUCACAACCUUGUCAAGUACAUGGAGUGUGUGGAAGAUAUGCGAUAUGUGUUUAUGCACUGAAACCCAAGUGUAUAUGUACUCCUGGAUUUGAAGUAAACAAUCCAAGUGACUGGAGUGCUGGUUGCAAGCCUGCAUUCAGAGAAAGCCUCUUGAAUUCGCUGGUAAAAUUUGUGGAGGUUUCCCGAACAGAUUACUUUGGGUUUGAUUUUGAUUUCAAACCAAAUUUUACACUCGAAGCUUGCCGGGAAUUCUGUUCAGGAGAUUCCCGUUGCAAGGCAUUUACCUACAAGACAUGGGGAGCAGGAAGUUGCUAUGUAAAAAGUGAACUUUUCAAUGGCCUUAUGUCUCCAGAUUUUCCUGGAAGUACGUACAUUAAACUUCCCUAUAGACUGCACGUAUCCAAACCAUCAUUUUUUAAUGGUUCCAGCACAAUGUGUGAAUCUCGUGAAGCAGAUAUUCUUGUAGGUUCUCCUUCUAUGUAUGACUUCACAAGAACGACAGUGAGAUGGGUGUAUAUCUACUCAUUUUGCGGGGCCCUUGGGGCAAUUGAACUAAUAUUUAUUGUAGUAGGCUGGUGGUUUCUAUUCAGGAAACAUGGUGUUCCAGCUUCGGUUGAAGCAGGAUAUCGCAUGAUAUCCAGCCAGUUCAAGAGGUUUAGCUACGACGAACUGAAGAAAGGAACCAAUAAUUUCAGGGAAGAGCUAGGCCGAGGAGGCUCUGGCAUCGUUUAUAAGGGUGUUUUGGCAGAUGAUAGGGUGGUGGCAGUGAAGAGACUGGGAGAUGUGUUUCAAGGACAAGACGAGUUCUGGGCAGAGAUCAGAACCAUAGGAAAGAUCAAUCAUAUGAAUCUUGUGAGAAUGUGGGGAUUUUGUUCAGAAGGGAGACAACGACUCUUAGUAUAUGAAUAUGUCGACAACCUGUCACUUGAUAAACAUCUUUUCCACUCAAAUUUUUUGGGAUGGAAACAAAGAUUUGCAGUGGCACUAGGUACAGCUAAAGGUUUGGCCUACCUCCACGAUGAAUGUCUAGAAUGGGUAAUCCAUUGUGAUGUGAAGCCUGAAAAUAUUCUUCUUGAUGGUGAGUUACAACCCAAGAUAGCAGAUUUUGGGCUAGCAAAGCUGUCCCGGAGAGACGGCUCUGGUUCAGAUAUAUCAAAUAUUCGGGGAACAAAAGGAUAUAUGGCUCCAGAGUGGGCACUAAACUGUCCAAUCACUGCAAAAGUCGAUGUCUAUAGCUAUGGGGUUGUAGUCCUGGAGAUGAUAAAGGGAAUUAAGCUCUCGAAUUGGGCUGUGGAUGAUACCGAAGACCGAGAAAUUCCUCUUAAAAGUUUUGUCAGGAUAGCGAAGGAGAAAAUUCAGUGUGGAAACUCCUAUUGGGUAGACAGCAUAGUGGAUCCAAGACUGGAAGGGCGAUUUAGCAGAAAUCAGGCAGCAACAUUGAUUGAAAUAGGGUUAUCUUGCGUGGAGGAAAACAGAAACAAGCGCCCCAUGAUGGCUUCAAUUGUCCAAACUCUCAUGGAAUGUGAAGAUGAAACGGAAAUUUAA